AACCCUAGCCGCAAGCCCCCUUCCUUUUAUUUCCUUCUCUUCUAAAACCCCGAAUACCUUUCCUUCUUAACUUCAUCGUUAAGAGUUUCUCAGCCUUGAGAAGACCAGUUAAAAAGUCAACACAAUCACGAUGGCAAUGUCUAGUAGAUUUGGGAGCCUUCUCAGGAAGAGCAUGUCACCGAACAUUCCAUCAAAUGGGCAGGCUCCAGUGACAUCUAUGCUGAAUGCUGUUCGGUGUGUUUCGACAAAGCUCUUCAUUGGAGGUCUUUCUUAUGGGACUGAUGACUCAUCUCUCAAAGAUGCAUUUUCCAGCUUUGGUGAUGUGACUGAAGCAAAGGUUAUUACAGACCGAGAUACUGGAAGGUCAAGGGGUUUUGGAUUCGUGAGCUUUGCUGAUGGUGAAUCUGCUAACUCGGCACUCUCCAUGGAUGGCCAGGAACUAAAUGGACGGAACAUUCGUGUAAACAUUGCGAAUGAUAGGCCAAGUGGACCUCGUGGUGGCUUUGGUGGUGGCGGCGGCUAUGGUGGUGGUGGUUAUGGAGGUGGUGGUUAUGGAGGUGGUUCUGCUGGAGGGGUUGACGGGUUCUAAGGGUUACAAUAAUAAUUUCUAUGUAGUAUGGCAUCUCUGGCUGCCAUUUCGGUCUUUUAUAGCUUUGGGUUUUUCCUUUUGACAGCUGAUAGUGCUUCUUUUGUUGGAUUGAAUGAAUUGCCUUUGGAUUAUUACACUUGAUGUUAGCGUAUAAUUACAAUCCUGCACACCUGUUUUUGCUCUGUG